CCCAUUUCAAAAGAGCAGCAGCGGAGCGGCAAAGGCAAAAACUUGGGGUUUCGUAAUUCGUUAGUCGCUUUCAUGGCGGCCUUUGUUUCUGUGAGCUUCUCCGUUCCACAGGCCAUGCUCAAGGAAAUGCAACCAAGGAAACUGGACAAAGUUGCAGUUUCAAGCCGAGCAAUUACUGGAACAGCAUCGAAGCUUGUGCUAUCCUGUUGCUCAAAUAAAUCCCUAUCUAUGAAGUGGAGAAGUUCCCAUCCUUUACGGGUAACUUCAAGACCUUUUUGGGGAGUAGUUUCUUUUAGUUCCAGGAAUAGGGUAAUAGUUGGCUACUGGAUAGGACCUGAUGUUGAUGAUGGAUGGGGAUAUAUAGAAGCUUUUAUUGACCGAAUUACUUAACUGUUCAAACUUUAAAUUCCAUUUCAUGAUUUUCUUCUGCA